AUGACCUACCUAUUUUAUUCUCUCAUUUUCACCGUCAUUGUAUCUGGAACAGCGCUGUACCUAACUCGUGCGCGAUGGAUUCCACUACUCCCGGUUCCUGACUACAUCUACCACCGGCUUCCUUCUAGUUUCACCGCCGAUCUGGAGGCUGGUUUAAGCUCAUCACAAUUCGAUCUAGCUGCCAACAUCUCUGGUGGCGAUUCAAGAGGUGGCUUGGAUCAAAAAGCAAAAAUGGAGGUGCAAAAGAUCAUGAAGAAUCAGAAGGUUGGCUUUGACGAAGCUCGCCGAAUCUACACCGAGCAACGCUUCGCAAAGAACAACAUCGGACCUGACGGCCGUCCAAGGGAUCCCAAAUUCGUUUCCUUCUCAUGA